UGCUACAAGAUUAGUGGUCCUAUCUAUAUAUGAUUUUGCAAACCCUUUGAUGAAAAUUUCAAUGCUAGUUGGUGAAGAUCAACACAAAAAGUCCACAAAACAACAAAGAGGUGGUGGAGCCAUGAAGAAACCCGUGAGCAUCACAGUGUAACUCUCACAAGUUUUCAUAACAGUGAAUAAAUCCAAGGCUAUAAUCUGCAGCGUUUGGAGUGUUCAGCAAAGUUGAAAUUAAAGAUAUCAUAUAUAUCUCUUGAUGAGAUAUUAGGAAGAGUUAAUUAUCUUAUGGAGAUUUCAUCUGAAUUGGGUAUAAUGGAGGAUCCUAAUAGCUUUCUCUGGCACUUAAGCUCUAUUGAUACUUGUGCUACUACCUUAACUGUUUUUGGAGAUAGCUUGCAAAAGAAUAAUCCAUUAUUCUGUAACUCAAACUUGAUGAACUCCAAGAUUUCCAUGAUGGAAACUACUACUUCACCUACUACUACUAUAAUUGAAAGACCAGCAAAACAGCUUAGAAGUAACAACACUAGUAAUUGGAGUAGUCACAUUAACAAGACACCAGAGUCACACUUUGUUGGUUCUUGCUCAAAUAAUAUUCUCUCCUUUGUUGACAACACAAAUCAUCAUCAUCAAUUGGGGUUAGUAAUGAAGCCUAAGGUUGAGAUUAUGAGUAGUAGUCCUAACAACAUAGAUACUCAAGGAACAACCUUGUUGGGGAAUAAUAAUAAUCAUCAUCAUCAUAAUCAUGAAAACUAUCUAUUCAAAGAAUCAUCAUGCCAUGAGGCUAAGAACUUUGGGCAACGUCCUAAGCUUUCUUCUCAUCAACCUCAUGAUCACAUCAUUGCUGAGAGGAAGCGCAGAGAGAAGCUCAGCCAGCGCUUCAUUGCUUUAUCUGCACUUGUUCCUGGCCUCAAAAAGAUGGAUAAAGCUUCUGUUCUGGGAGAUGCUAUAAAGUACUUGAAACAAAUGCAAGAGAAAGUGAGUGCUCUUGAGGAGGAACAGAAAAAGAAGAAGACCGUGGAAUCAGUGGUAAUGGUGAAGAAAUCUCAGUUAUGUAAUGAUGAUGAAGACUCUUGCUCUUCAGAGACUGAGCCACUACCCGAAAUUGAGGCAAGAUUUUGCGAAAGAAAUGUGCUAAUAAGAGUUCACUGCGAGAAGAAAAAGGGUGUUAUAGAAAAUACAAUCAUUCAAAUUGAGAAACUCCAUCUCAAAGUCAUCAAUAGCAGCGUCUUAACAUUUGGCAAUUUUGCCCUUGAUAUUACCAUCAUUGCUCAGAUGGACAUGGAAUUUUCCAUGACAGUGAAGGAACUUGUUAAGAAUCUACGUUCAGCGUUUUCAACUUUCAUGUGAAGAAGCUAAGUAGUUCGUUUCACAUUGUCAUUCAGUUCAUCAUAUAGGCUCUUUUUAUAUACAUAGAAGUCGGUCAUGUUCUUCAUAAGUUAUAGUUGUGUUUUUUACAAGGCCUGUGAUGUCUCCUAUCAUAAUCAUCAAAAGUCACACAUAAAUGUGUAUGUUUGCUCUCAAGUUCAUUCAUUUUGCAGGAGGGUUUUUCAGUAGCUAGCCAUAGCUACUUUUCUUUUUUGCAUGGUCAACACUUUGACCAUGUUAUUAUCAUCAUCAUCACCCACCUGUUUCAAUUUAAUAGUGAACGUUGAGCUUGUUAAUUAAGUGUUAGUUAGUCUUUUUUUUUUCCUUUCCUCAAAGGAGGUUGCAAGGUUUCAAUUCAACUUUACCUAUGUUUUUGACAAGCAGGCCUUUGUUGAGUAACUUGUUAUCAUGUUCCCUUGAGUGAAUAUGAGUGUGCUUCUAUUGUAACUUGUAAGACUUUGCUUUGCAAUUCACGAUACUAUAUAAUGGAAUAUUUGCAC